AUUCAACUAAACAGCCAAAGUUUCCGAGGUUCUUUAAAUGCACCACAAACCGCAGAGUCCGAGUGAGCCGCUGAAAGUCAGAUCUGUUCUUCAAAGCAGACUUUCAGCUUUAUUUCAAGCUUAAAUGUAACCUGAUGUAGUCAGUAUUUAAAGUCAGGCUCUGUUAUUGACUGAAAACAGCGACAGACUCAGACAUUUAGAACAAACUAAGAGUUGGAUCAGCACAAAUACUGACACAGAGAUGGCUGCUGGCACUGCGCUGCUCUGCUCCACUUUGCUGUUUGUCCAUGUCUUCGUCUCUGCAGAUCAGAAAACCAUCACAGCUGAGUCUGGACAGGACGUAAUUCUGCCAUGUCGAGCUCCAAACAACAACAUCUUCACUCUAGAGUGGGAGAGAGCUGACCUGAAGUCAGGAAAUGUUCUUUUCCGAGUUGGUUGUGACAUUAUUCUAGAUGACCAGCAUCCAUCUUUUAAGAACCGGGUGGAUCUGCAGGACAGACAGAUGAAAGAUGGAGACGUGUCUUUGAUUCUGAAGGAUGUGACGAUUAAUGACGCUGGAACAUAUGAGUGUCAUGUCCUCAUGGAAGAAGCACACUCAUUCAAACACAGCUUCAUUAAACUGGUUGUUGUUCCUCCAGGUCAGACAGGAGGAGACAAAACUGAACUGUGAGUCAGACGAUCUGAGGACAUAAGUGUGCUCUCCUGAACAUCCAGCACACGACUCUGAUGAUCAUCAUGUUCAGACUCAGACCAACAGUGUGUGUCUGUGCUGUCUGUCAGUGACUCUGAACUACAGUUUAUUCAUCUUCAGGCUGUUCAUGAGAUUUACUGACACAAAGUCAAACUGUGUUACAAACACACAUGAAUUUCUGAGCUCUGAUCUCAGAGUCAGUGAGUGUUUUUGUGUUGGAGCUUCAGGUUCAGAAAAUUAACUCUUUUAUGUUGGUGUGAUUUUAUUAAUUAACUUCAUGUGACUUUUUACUCCUUAAGUACAGUCCACUGGAAAACAGUUUGUAUAAAAAUCUUCUCUUUGACUGACAUUUUUUUAGUUUGUAAAUCCAUCUUAUCAAAUUUAAUAGAUUUUACAAACUGUUAUAAUCUCAGGUAUUUCGCUCUCCUUGAUUCUGCACUGAGAAGUUUGACAACCUCUUCAACUUUUCUUUAACCUGACACACUGUUCAGGUCAGAUUUGACCUGCUUUGACCUUUGACACCAGCAAAACAUCCUAAACAACUUUGUUGGGUUGAAACCUGAUUACUUUUCAUAAACAGACCCAUAAUACUCAAAAAUAUGAAACAUAUUUUCACAUUUUAUACUGUUGUAUAGAUGAUACAAACUUUUGUACACCGACGCUCUUUUGGGUGAAAUUUGACUUAUAUCUGUUCAGAUGGAUUUUCAGAUCCACCAGUUUGGCUCAAAUUAGAAACAUUGUGAUUUUAGGGAAAAUUGCCACUCAUAAUGUAUAAAUGUACACAUCAUGUUUGUGUGGAUUUGUAGUGAGACAGCGGUGUCGGAGGUCAAAGGGCACAGUCAUUCUGUUGCCCACAGAAACUCCUGUGAAUUACUAAAGUAACAAAUGGAGCACAUGAGGAACAGAGGUCAUAAAUGUAUCUCCUGAAGUGGGAUUCUGGGUCUCUGACUUCCUCCCACAGUCUAAAGACAUUAAUGGCUGUUUCUUAUUUAGCCGUGUAUAUUGUGUGUGAAUGUGCUGUAUGUGGUUCAUACAGAACUUUAUGGUCGGUAACACUAACAUAUAAACAUGAUUACAUUACAUUAGCACAUGAAAGAACAGCAGCAUUAAUCACUCCAGCAGAGAGGACAGUGUUUAAUCAGCAGUCAGUGUGAUGAACUGAUGCUCUGUUCUCUGGUCUGACCAAAGCUUUAACUCCAAACAUCUCUCCACUGUUAGAGCUUCUGCACUCACUGUUUCAGGUUCAAAUCAUGGUUCUUAUUUUUAUGUCCUGACGGUGUGACGCCUCCACCUACAUCACUGAACUGCUCCACUCCUGUACUCUUCUCUCUGUGGCCUUCUUGAAACUUGGUGUUUGUGGUGUUUUUCUCAGUUCAUGUGUGCCUUAUAAGAGUUUGUUUUUUAAAGACAAUGACAAUCAGUGAAUUUCUUCUGUGAUUGAAUGAAAUAUGAGCACUGUGUGUGUAUGUGUUAAUAAAGAUUUACAUGUAUACCUGUUGAA